UCCAACUACAAGAUAGCGCAACCCUGAGUAAGUCAGUCUCCCCAGUUUCACUUUUGAAGUCAUUCGACUACAUAUAUCCUUAUCUGCCUUAACUGUAGCUAUCCCGCGAACUUCCAGGCAUCGCAUCAGCAAUCACAUCGCCAUUAUCUCCCAGCUCAAUUCCUCGAUGACACGCCCUCAGCAAAGCUACUUUUAGAUUGCGUUCCAUCAGCAGCCAAGAUGCCUGAGGGUGUCACAGCCGAGGAGAAGGCGAUCAUUCGCCGUGUCGUUCCAAGGGCACAGAACAAGAUUCUAGCUGCUGCUAUUGUCAGACUGUAUAUUGCAUACCCAAACACGUCGAAAUGGACAUACACUGGAUUACAGGGUGCGGUGGUUUUGGCAGAUGACCUCAUCGGGAACACGUUUUGGUUAAAGUUGGUAGAUGUUUCGCCUUCAGUGCGAGGGGUCAUAUGGGAUCAGGAGAUAUAUGAGAAUUGGUCUUACAACCAGGACCGUGUUUUCUUUCACACCUUUGAAAUUGAGGGUUGCUUGGCCGGUUUAUCAUUUUCUGAAGAAAAGGAGGCUGUUAAGUUCCUAAAGCAAAUGGUAGACCGCGAGAAGCAUGCAAACAAAGCUACCAAGUUAAACCCUUUUGGAGGAGGUGGGCCAGCACCUCAAAAGCACGGAAUACUGGGAGGUAUAUUUGGUGGCCAUAGGCAUGUGUCGGCCCCAUCUGCCCCAAUGACCAGCCAGCCAACACCCCCUGUAUCUCCCCGAACAUUUAUCCCACCUUCGCUCUCGCAACACAAUCCGUCGUAUUCCUCUGGCAGUAUCAAUCUACCGAAGGUAUCCGAGUAUGCUAAAUUAGAUGCUCUCGACCCCAACUGGAGAGAAACUUGGGGAGGUGAUUUACGAGAUAUGGGAAUCACCGACGACCAGAUUCGAGACAACCAAGACUUCAUUGCUGAGUACAUUCAAGAGCAGCAAGCUGCAUCUGCUGCAGCCCCUGAGCCUGUUUACCAGGAGCCUCCGCGAGCAAAAACGGCCCUCCCUCCACCACCGCCUCCUCCACAGGCUGCUCCGCGGAUUCAUGAGCUUCCCCAAUCACCACCGCCACCUCCAGUGCAACGAGGUGCGCCUCCAGCACCACCUCCUAGCCGGAGAGCAAAGGCAGAGCCUGUUCCGAAAGAGCCUACCCCUCCGCCUCGCGAGCCUUCACCUCCCAAAGGACCACCGCCGCCAAAAUAUGCCGCUCCACCUCCUUUUGCGGAUGCUGGCAAGCUGCUCAAUUCAAACCCAAGACCAACUCCUGGUCGACCACAUGCCACAUCGAUUUCCAAUCAGUCUGCACCACCUCCACCCCCGCGACCUCCAAAGACGCCAAACGACGACUUCGAGCCUGGGGAGUCUGGGUCGAGAUUCGGGGUACCACCACCGUUCAUGGGCCAACGUACACCUCAGCCACCGCCUACGCCAAUGCGUUCUGCCGUGCCUCCACCUCCCCCGGCUCGAAGCACUCCAAAUGCUGCUUUGCCACCUCCAUUACCACCCAAGACACCCAACAAUGGACCAGGCUCACCGCUGCCUCUCCCGCCAUCCUCCUCUCGGCCAAUACCACCACCACCAUCGAGAGAUAAUGGCACUCCGCCCCCUCCUCCAUUGCCUGUCUCCAACACACCACCACAACCAGCUCGCCCAUCAGUGCCCUCAAACGCAGCUCCGCAACAACCAGCUCGCCCAUCCCUUCCGCCACCACAACCAGCUCGCGCAGCGGCACCCGCUCUACCACCCCCAACUGGAGGAGCUCCACCUCCCCCACCACCGCCUCCGCCGCCUCCGCCGCCACCUGGUGGUGCAGGACCCCCUCCUCCACCUCCCAUGCCCAGCCGCGACUCAGGCGCACCAGGGCCUCCUCCCCCACCUCCAAUGCCCAACCGCGACUCAGGCUACGUCUCUGGAGUGCCUAAUAUGCCAGCCCCUACUGGUGACCGUAGUGACCUCCUGUCUGGUAUCAAGCAGGCUGGCGGUAUCGGAGCACUCAAGAAGGUGGACCGUAGCAAAGUGCGCGAUCGCAGUGCAGCUGCUGUACCUGGCGCUGCUGAUACUGGCCCGGCUGGAAGUGGGUUGCCUCCGGCUACUACUGGUGGUGGUGGUGGUGGCCUGGCCGAUGCGUUGGCAGAGGCACUCAACAAAAGAAAACAGAAGGUUAGCGCUAGUGAUGACGAAGCUGAAGAAGAUGAUUGGUAAAAGCCCUGGUGGAAGAAGUCUGUCCGUUAGUGGGGAUUGUAUCGGAAAUUGUCACAAUGUAGUGGGCUUUUGUUUGUUGGCGUGUUGGGUGUCAGUCUCGCUCCGACUCAUGCGCUGGCUGAGAUUCGCAUAGAGACACAUUAAUUAAAGCACAAUUCAAAAACUUCAGGUUUGCAUGGGUCAUGUGUUUCAUCGUAAUCUAUGCUAAGAUGCAAUACACGAGAGCAGCGCUAAUCGCAAUAUCCCCCGCACAAAGCUAACCAUACAUACAAUGCGAACCCACAACACUUAUAAAGUUUCCUCUCUACGUCGCACAAGUGAAGGGCACGGACGACGAGGACCACAGCGUCUCUCCCACUGCGCCCAGGUCAUCUGGCAAUAGUAACAAAAGAGAUAUACUGUCGAGUUCGUUUUCCAUUUUAUAGAAUCGUUUGAGAGAAGACAGUCCACACCACACACUUGGCCGCAGAGCGCGCCAGACUUGUCUAGAUGUCGUCGAUCUCGAUAUCCUUUGCGCCGGGGCCGGCCUCGCUGUCCUCGCUGUCGCUCCUGUCCUCGUCGAACUCGAAGUUGCAGUCGCCCUCGCCUUCUUGGCCGUAGGUGUCGGUCUCGUUGAUCUUGGCGCUCUCGGGCAGCUCGCCGUAGGCCUUCAGGGAACGGGCCUCGUCGGCGGAGUACUUGAGGAUCACGUCGCCCUUCUCGUCUUGGUAGUCACGGAGCGACAGCAGGAUGAUGUCUCCCUGGUUGAUCCAGACCUUCUUGCGAAGCUUGCCACGGAUAUGUGCGAGGCGUUUCGUUCCGUCGAAGCAGAGAGCCUCGAGACGGCCGUUACCCAACAUCUUCAGGACUUGGGCGUAUUCUGUGGUUGGGCGUUAGCGAUCUGGUGGCGAGCCGACAGUGGCGGCUGUAACUGCUGAGGGCGAAACAUACCUUGACCCUCCUCCUUGAAUGUGAGCUCACGCUUCUCAUUGUCGUUUUCGUUCUUUCCACGACGACGGUUCUUGCCACCCUGUUGGUAAGAGGAAUCAGCAUCGUGCACACGAGUUGUUGUCGUUGGGCCGCGAUGAAAAUGAAGGGUGAUUUUUGUUUGCGGAUGCAACUUACUUUUCCCUUAUUCUUCGGCAUAUUGACAGAUUUCUCUGAUUAAAAUGCCGUAUUUCUGAUUCUUUGAUGAUCUGGAAUUUGAUGUUGUUCCUCGGGGGACUUGGGCUGCAAGAGGGGUAGGCUUUAUAUGAAGUUUGCAAGUGGGACAGUUGUGUGGUCGA